AUGCCAAAUAGACAAAACAUCCUUAACAUCACCGAAAUUAUCUUUUCAAGCAUUAUUUCAAACUUUGAUUCAUUUGAGCAAAAUAACAGGAUUUUCAUAGCAAUAAUAAAGGCUUUGAUUUCCUUAAAAAAUCAACCAUCAGGAUCAAGAGAAAUCACUAAUCAAAUAUUAAAAUAUGGGAUAACAAAAUUAUGGCAAUCGUUAUAUUCAACAUCAUCAUCUUCAAUACCAUUGUCAUCAAAUGACGCUACCACAAUAACCACUUCAUCAACAACAAAAAUCACUGCUGAUAACAUCGAUACUAUUUCUACCACCGCCAACAACAGCAAGAAAAAUAUAAACAAAAUAAAUGAUGAAAUAACGAUUAAAAAUAAUUAUCGUAUGUCGAAUGACUUAAAAUUGGAGUUUAAGACUAGUAAAAAGAGAGGAUUGAUAUUGGAUGAUGCUGGCGAAUAUAUGAAACAUGUAUCUGUUGGUUGUAAACAUGUAAGAUAUACGACAAAUAAUUCAUCAAUACAUUAUAAUCUUCGACUUACACCAAGAUCACCAUUAAAAUCCAAUAUAAAGCUCGACAAAAUCAAUGAGAUAUUGGUUUAUUCCAUUUGGGUAAAUGCUGGCCCUACGGAUGUUAGAUUAGUUCGUCGACUAGAUAAUGAUUGCCUGGUCAAAUAUUCAAUAUUACAAGCUGGAGGUUUACAGCCAACCUCCGAGGACUACAAAUGGAUAUCAUUGUCUGAAGCAAGAACGCUGGCAACUGAAUUAAAUCUUAGUCAAGAAUUAGAUUCAUUCCUUAAUCCAAGGCUCUUUGACUAUUUUGAUGCGGAUAUUGAUGACUUCAUAUCCAAAAAGAUUAAUGAAACAAAAGGUUACAGCGAUGUUAGUGAGAACUCUUGUCAUUAUGAAUAUCCAUUUGUAGAUCCCAGAAAAUUUCACAAGUAG